GGUUACAGAUCAGGUGGACAAAUAGGAAGCGAAGAUAAUUAUAAUCAUAAUGAGCAUACGCAUGGCAGGACUCAGAAGCUCUCUUGGUAAAUGACGGCUAAGUGGCCUUCGCCUGCACUAAUUGUGAGUAACACGUUCACGUUUACGAAACUUUCUGAGAAUUUCCCUCGGAAAACACCAGACUCGGCAGGCAGAAACGCAGUCAUGGAGUCAGGGAGUGUCGACUGGCUAGACCAGACGAGAGACCAGCUAUUUCUGUAUUAGACAUUAAAGUUUUUGGGCCAACGAGCAGCGCCAAGAAGCAAGCUCGUUUAAUAGACCGAAAUUCAUUCUGGGCAAAAAGUUUAAAGUGUCGGCAUCGCGCGCCGACAUUUAUCAGUCAUUAACACAACCAACUACACAAAAUUGUCCGGAGAAUGUGGAGAUGGCGCUGAGUUGAUGGCGCCGCACGAUGAAGGACAAUUAAAGCCGCAUUGUCUUUAAUUUGCUUGAAAAUUGAAAAUCAAUAAAUUUAAAACAAAAUAUAUAUAUAUGACAAUAGAAAAAAAAACGGCAAAAAAAUGAAACGCAUGGCCCUGCCAUAGAUUCGAUGGCUAGAGAAAAAUCUCUUUAGGGAUGGAUGCGGUUCGUGUGUUGUUCUUGUCGUUCUCCUCGCUCGGUUCAGAUUGUUGUUUUUAUUACUGCCGUGUUGUUGCUGUUGGGUCGCAGCGAGUAGCAAAGCAAGCACGAAAUCGCCGAGCCAAACAUCCUUUGUCAAUACAAAAUACGUACAACAAAACAAAUAAAACGCACAACAACAACAGCAUCGCGUAGAAUGGCAACAAAGACAAAAGUCAAAAGUGCAAAAACAAAAGCAAAACGAAUGAAUCUUGCGCCCCCAAAAUGCAAGCCGAUAAACGAGCAUCGAGUUCAAGUCCGACGCAUGCGCCCAAACAGGCGGGGAAAAUCCCAUGAACUGGCCUCAAAUGGGGAUGGGAUAGGAUUGUCCUUGGGUAUGGGUUGGUGGAUAUUAUAUGGCCGGAUAAAAUGGCGUUGGCCCACCCACACACACACACAUACUGAAUAGAGAGCAGAGCAGAUUUCUCCUCCAUUUUGGAGAAAAUUUCCUGCAGAGUCGCCACGUCUGGCCGAGCUGAGCAAAUGAUUUUUAACAAAUUUCAUUAACAUCAGAGGUCCGUAAUCAUUCAAGCAUCGCGUUUCGUAACUGGCCUGCCGAUACCUUACUCGACGCUGGCCACUCCAUUAUAAAGACUACGACUACCGAUGCAUCUUGCACUUUCCUCACGUGGCAUUCCGUUUAACCGCAGUCCUUGCUAAACUAUGUGAAAAGUGUCAAAAAAUACACCGAAAUUACUUUAACGAUUUAUGUCAAACAAUCACAAAACGCGACCGCUAAUCAGCUACUAAUUAUUUCUCAAUUCGCACCUAACACUGGAUUCACUCUUCAUCAGAAAUGAUCGACGAACAGCAUCCAAUGCAAAUUGGUUUGUUUCCAAUGGACAUCAAAUGUCAACAGCAACAGCAGCAGCAGCAACAACAACAACAGCAACAGCAACAACAACAGCAGCAUCAGCAACAUGUAGCUGGAGCAGGACAUGCGAUGUGCCCCAUUGCAAUGGGGCACAAUCAACUGCUGUUGAACGGAAAUGAGCGCAUGUUAACAACACCAACAGCAACACAAACAACAGCAGCAACAACAGUAACACCAAAUGGCAACUGUCAAGCAGCAAGCAAACCAGCAGCAGCAGCAACAACAACAACUGGAGGUGGAGGAGGCGCUGCGGCAGCCGGUGGAGGUGACAAAAUGGCGUCAGCGAGCCAGAAUGUCAACGGAAGUUGUAUGAACCACAACAGCAGCAUGGCCACUGCACACCAGCAACAACAACAGCAGCAACAGCAAGCCAUGUCUAUGGCCAGACAGGGACUGGGACCUGGACCACCAAUGCAAAUGCCGCCUGGCCGCAUUGCCUUGGGCAAGUGUAGUCUCAACGAGCUGGAUGGUUACUCCACAGCCACUUCGAUAUCCACAUCCACAUCGACACCCACAACUGCAUCCACACCCGCAUCGCUCACACCGCAAGCGCCUCAAAUGCUGCAACAGCAUCACUCGGCUGUGGCAGCAAUGGGAGUGAUGGGCAUCGAUGUGGGGUUGGCUGGCGUGGGCAUGGCUGGUCUGGCUGUCAACCACUGCGCCUAUUGCUGCCAGCCAAUUUGUGAUCGUUACAUAAUGCGCGUCGCGGACAACUCCUUCCACGAGGGUUGCCUCAAGUGCACCGCCUGCUCCAUGCACCUCGUGCACUCCUGCUAUGCACGCGAUGGCAAACUCUACUGUCGCAUCGACUAUGAAAGACUCUACUUACGCAAUCGUUGCCUUGGCUGUGGCCAUAAAAUAGCCGCCGAUGAGCUGGUCAUGCGCUCCCAAGAGAGCAUCUUCCAUCUCAAGUGCUUUGCCUGCGUCGUCUGCGGCGCACUCCUGAAGAAGGGCGAGCAAUAUGUGGUGAAGCAGGGUCAGCUCUUCUGUCGCUUCGACUACGAGAAGGAGGUGGAAAUGUUGCAGGGUUACGAUUUUUAUGGCGAUGAGAUGUUUCCACCGAAGCUGGAUGGACGACGAGGUCCCAAAAGACCGCGAACUAUACUCAACACACAGCAGCGUCGUGCCUUUAAGGCAUCCUUUGAAGUGUCACCGAAACCGUGUCGAAAGGUUCGAGAAAACUUGGCUAAGGAUACUGGCUUGAGCUUGAGAAUUGUGCAGGUGUGGUUCCAGAACCAACGUGCCAAAGUCAAAAAGAUACAGAAGAAGGCGAAGCAGGAACCCCCAGCCAAGGGAGUCAGCGAUUCACACUCACAGGACUCUCAGGAGUCACAGGACAGUACUCUAACAACCAAGAUUAAGGACGAGGCGCACAGCGAUAGCGAGUCACAGCAAGAAUCGCCUUUUUCUUCAACCUCCGAAGGACUGUCAAGGCUACGCUGCAACGUCAAAGACGAACAGGAACAGGGAUCGCUCAGCUGCAUGGAGACAAACAAGGAAAACUGCAAUAAGAACAACGAGCCGAUACUCAAUACAAUACUGGGCUUGAGCUAUGCAACGUUUCAGCAGCUGAUGGGACCUUUCACGCAGACGCCGAUGAUCAAUCCGAUCGAUCGAUUAUACAGCAUGCAGAGCUCUUACUUUCGACCCGAGGAACUGGGCGCCUAUGGCGAAUGCGGUGGCGGUGGCGGCAAGGACUCAAUGGAGCAUUAACUUGGCUCUGCCUGAACAGAAUUUUAAGCCCAAAAUCAAAAUUAGAAGUUGUAAAAUAAACAAAACAAAAAAAAUGUUAAUGUGCUUGCGUUGACCUCGUUGCUUGACCGGCAAAACAAAAACAAUCCCAAUCGGAAACUGCAGCACGUGCACACGUGGAUCCAACCCCAAUGGAUAAAGCAGGACAACAAUAACAUUGGGCAACCACCCGGCGCAAGGUUGCGAGACUUUUUUGGUUGUUCUGCAGGUGCAGGCCUUGAAAUUUGUUCCGCUCAGUUGACAAGAACAAAGCAUUUGCCAUGCCGCAGUCUGAACUGAACAGCAGCGGCAGCAGCAGCAGCCACAGCCACAGCCUCAGUCACCCCUGGUGAUGGGCCCAAAAUGGGCGUAAAAUACCGAUUCGUCAUGCAUUGUUUUUGUCCUUGCUCUAUGGUCGACCCUGUUGACAGCGCCGAGCUGUCAGUGUCGCCGCGCUGAGAGUCAAACGAUGACUCCUCAUCCAACCACCACCACGACUGGCGCAACUUGCUCGCUUGGCUGUUGAUAGACGAGGGAUUGGGGAGUAUUUGUGGCAUGCAGAGGCCACGAAUAGCAUUGGCAUGCAAUAAGUUUGCCGAACAAGGAAGCGGGGGCGGGGCCUGGUCUUGGUACUGGGGCUGAGGCUACGAUUCGUUUGUAACCCGAACUAUUUGGCAGUGCACUUCGAACUCCAAACUUCGCGGUGUCCACGAAAAAUUUAACUUAA